GGCGGCGAGGAGCCGCCUGCCGCGCUCGGGGCGGCCGGCACCCUGCAGGACGACCAGGCGGAGCUGCGCGUCUUCCUCCGCUGGGCGGGCCUGGAGGACCUCUAUGCGACGCUCCGGGCGGCGUGCGGCGGGAGGCUCUCCAGCCUGCUGGCCAUGCCCGACGCCGAGGUGGCGCAGCUGCGGCUGCACCUCACGCGGAGGCAACGGCUAUUACGCGCACUUAGUGCUGAGCGCGAUCGUCGUGGUGGCGAGUGGUGCGCCAACAACAAGGUGCCCGCGCCGGUCCCCUGA